AUGAUCGCCAUCGCGUGGAUUAUCUUUGCUGCUGUCAUCUUGGGCAUCCUCAUCUUCAACUAUGGCAUCGUCGUGUAUCUUUCUGACCCGAAGCUCUCCCGCGCGAGGGAGGAGAGCGCCGAUUCGAAGCUGCCCAAGUUCGUGACUGUGGUGGGCCUCUGCCUCAUCAUGCUCUGCUUGGGCCUCAUCCCCAUCGAUAUCUACGUCGUUUCCGACACGAGCAUGUCCGAGGAGACCAGGAACACCAUGUUCGACGUCGUGCAGAUCCUGUACUAUGUGCUCUACGGUUGCAUCCUGGGCGCCAUCUUCGUGGUUAUCCCCUUCACCUACUUCUUCUACGAGGAGUUCGGCGAGAACGUGAGCUUCUGCCGCCGCGUCUUCGCGGGCUGCAAGUACACCAUCUUCCUCGUGCUCGCGGCCGUGAUCAUCCUCGUCAUCGGCCUCUUCGUGCAAGGCGGCUCGCCCUCGACCGAGGACAAGGACUACAAGAAGUACGUCGAGAAGAUCAUCGACACCGAGAACCGGGGAGAGGCCGUGAUGAACUUUGCCUUCGCCUGUGCUGGUCUGCUCGGGUUGGUGACCUGGCUCAUCUACACCGGCUACGGCUUUGCGUCGUUCCCGGUGGGCUUCAUGAAGGGCGCGAAGGACGUCAGCGAGGAGGCCGGAGAGGUGGACGCUGAUCUCGUCGUCACCCAGGAGAGGCGCAGGGCCCUGCAAUCCAAGUACAUGGGCGCUGGUGCGGCCAUGUCGAGGAGGGACGAGGCCUCCCUCUCGCUGCUGAGGGACAAGGAGCGGAAGCUCAACACCCACGCGCAGCAGCUGCACGUCGCCGGCAAGGGCUGCAACAGGCUCUACGGCUGCCUGCGUCCCUUCUUCUUCCUCUUCGGGUUCUUCUUCUUCAUCGUGACGGUGGUGCUGCUCGUGUCGAUGGUCCUCACCAACAUCGACAAGCUGCUCAACUCGGAGUGCGGUUUCUCGUGCGGCUACGUGCUCACCAACCCCAAGAGGUGGAACCCUCUCGACGCCCUCCUGUAUUUCCCCAUGGACUACAUUGUGGUGGGCCUCGUGGUGAUGUACAUCUUCUUCACCACGCUGUCGGGCGUCACUUCGAUCGGCAUCCGUGCCCUGUGGAUCCUGCUCUACCGCAUCAAGGCGCGCGCCACUCGCCCUCAGGGUCUGCUGCUGGCCACGCUCAUCAUGAUGCUGUCCCUGGUGGCCUUCAACCUCGAGAUCCUCACCCUCUUCCCCCAGUACGCGUCCUACGGUUCUCAGACCUACAGGGACGAAGCCGGCGCGGAGCAAGAUUGUUCGUUGGCGGCGCCCACCGAGUUGUGCAAGAUGACGGCGAUCGGGACCAUGAUCCACCGCAUCUUCAUGCGCAUGCCCUUCUUCGGCGUCAUCUGCUACUUUGCCACGUGGGUCUUCAUCGGCUUCGCCUCGCUUUCCCUCAUCAUCGCCGCCCUCCGCAGCAGGCAGUCCAACCUCAACCCCGCCGACGAGGACCCCGAUUGGGACUUCUAG